AUGUUUGAAGCAGACAAAGCAAACAGGGUGGGGAUCUCGUCAGGAGAUUCCUCGCAGCCUCAGCCACAAGAGAUCAUCACCGUUGACAAUCAACGCCCACACAUGUCGGUUGAUGAUUUGCUCAAGGCAAUAAAAGGAGCCAACGGCAUGCCGGUGUUGUUCGUCCCCUCCAGCGACGGCCGGCUGGCGGCAGUAGCCAUGGACGGCCUCCAUCAGAAUCUGGUGCCCACCUACUCCAUUUCCGAAAAGAAGAACCAACAGGAUUUCCGGGCCUGGCUGCUGCUCCUCACGUCACUGGUCGCUACCGUCACCUUCACCGCAGGGCUCGCCCCGCCCGGCGGCUUCUGGGACGCCGACGACAGGGCAAACAGGCACAUCGCCGACACCUCGAUCAUGCGCGAUAAGUUCCCCCGCAUGUACUUGGUCUUCUACUACAGCAACACCACCGCUUUCUUCACGUCCCUGAUGAUCAUCGGCAUGCUCGCCAAGAACGUGUACAACAAGGAGACCGUAGUCCUAAAGAACCGUUUCUUCGUAGCCCUUGUCGGCCUCUGCUUCAUGACCUUGGGGACUAGCUACAUCACCGGCACCUGGGUCAGCCCCAGGGGAGGGGUCUACAACAUCGUCAUGUUUGUGGUAGUCAUUUGCUACAUGACCAUGCACUGGGUUCUGGACUUCAUAGUCUGGAUGCAACGCCGUGCUACAUGA